AUGGCAAAGCAUAGAGCUCUCCUGUUUCCUUAUGUUUUCUCCAUUCUCAUACUCACUAUGAGCUUAUUGUGCAAAGCUGUUGAUGAUGAAGACAGAAAGCCAUAUAUUGUCUACUUGGGAUCACUUCCUAAUGAUGAGGCCUUCUCACCACUGUCUCACCAAAUUGGUAUACUCGCUUCUGCUUCUAAUUUCUUGAUAAGAAGCUACAAAAGGAGCUUCAAUGGGUUUGCUGCCAAGCUCACUGACCAAGAAAUAGAAAGGCUUGCUAACAUGAAGGAAGUAGUCUCUGUCUUUCCAAGCACUAACUUCCAACUUCACACAACAAGAUCUUGGGAUUUUAUUGGUCUCAAUGACGAAACCAAAAGGAAUUUUACUACAGAGAGUGAUGUUGUUGUUGGUGUGAUCGACACUGGAAUUUGGCCCGAAUCGCAGAGCUUCAAUGACGAAGGUUUUAGUCCGGCUCCCAAGAAGUGGAAAGGUGUUUGUGAAGGUGGCAAAAAUUUCACUUGCAACAACAAGAUCAUUGGAGCUCGGCGUUACAACUCAUCAUCAGCAAGGGAUGAAGUUGGACAUGGGUCCCACACUGCCUCAACGGCAGCAGGGAAUGCCGUUAAGGGCGCGAGCUUUUAUGGUCUAGCACAAGGUACUGCAAGAGGAGGAGUUCCCUCUGCGAGAAUUGCUGCCUAUAAAGUCUGCGAAUUCGAAAAGUGCCCUGGAGAGGCUAUCAUGGCUGCUUUUGACGAUGCUAUUGCUGAUGGAGUUGACAUCAUUGCAAUUUCACUUGGAGGCACUUUCGUCACUUCUUUCGAUAAGGAUCCUAUAGCCAUUGGCAGUUUUCAUGCAAUGAAGAAAGGGAUACUAACUGCACAUUCUGCAGGCAACAGUGGUCCUGAAGAGGGUACCGUAGUAAGUGUAGAACCAUGGGUACUUACAGUUGCAGCAAGUGGCACAGAUCGCCGGAUCAUUGACAAGGUUGUUCUUGGAAAUGGAAGGACACUCAUUGGGAAUUCGGUGAACUCUUUCACAUCCAAUGGAACAAGUUAUCCUUUGGUAUAUGGAAAAGAUGCUACAAGUCAUUGCUCUGAUUUCGAUGCUCAGAGUUGUUUAGCAGGCUGCAUAGACAGUGCUUUAGUCAAGGGAAAGAUUUUGGUAUGUGAUGCGUCUGAUGGAGAUAUAGCGGCUCUUCAAGCUGGUGCACUAGGUUCCAUUGUAAUCAGUCCCAGUGAGGAUGUUGCUUUUAUUGUCCCACUACCUGCAACAGGUUUAAGCAUCAAAGAUUAUGAGGGGCUCAAGUCCUACCUGAACUCCAUAAAACAUGCUAAAGCCAACAUAUUAAAAAGUGAAGCCAUAAAAGAUCCUGCUGCACCCAUUGUUGUUUCUUUCCCUUCCCGUGGACCGAAUUCAAUUUUACCAGAAAUUAUUAAACCAGACAUAAGUGCCCCAGGAGUAAAUAUUUUGGCUGCAUUUUCUCCUGUUGCUGCUAUCACAGAUAGCCCUGACGAUGGGAGGCAUGUCAAAUACAGUAUGCUAUCUGGAACCUCCAUAGCUUGUCCCCAUGCUGCUGCUGCAGCUGCAUAUAUUAGAACAUUCCACCCUGAAUGGUCUCCAGCAGCCAUCAAAUCAUCUCUUAUGACUACAGCUUGGCCCAUGAAC